GCACUUAGCUUUUACAAAGGAUGAAAGUUCACUCGUUAUAAACUCCGUGUAUAAAGAUUAACAGAUAGCUAGGUUUUUUAUUUAGGAAUUUAAAAAUUAAUGGUGGCGUAUUUAUACUGCAACGUCAUGCGCGUGCGCGUGCACGUCGACUUCAUCUCAACCCUGUUUACACAUUAAAAUGAAUCAUUUACAAAAUAUAUUUUUGUUUUCUAAGCAAGUUGUAGAUUUUGGUUGCUAAAUAUAACGCUCCUAACUAUUGGCCAGGCCCGACGUUUCAGAGUGACAUUUCCAUGGUAACGGCGACGUUUCUGAUUGGGUGGGCCGCACUGGAGGAUUGUGGGUAGUGUAGUCCUUGAACAAAUCGUGACUUUGCAAAUAACGUGUAUAAUUAUUUUUAAUUAUUUUAAAGCUAUUAAAUUUCGCACUAAUGAUAGUUAGUUAACGGUAGUUAAUACAUUAUGUCUAAAAAAAAUGAUAUAUAAUUAAGGAUAAUUCAUGACCUGUCACUUUCACUUCCGGAAGCGGCCAGCUCCAGCUCUAUGGCAACGUCAUCCGUGUUGCGUGUGCGCGUGCGCUGCUUCGCCUGUCUCCGGCGUUUAUGUUUGUGUGCGUGUGUCUGAGUGUGCUUUACCGAACCGAGCUAGCGCGUUUGUUACGGUUCCGACCCGCAGAGGUGCGCGACAUGGCGGCGGCGGCGGCGGCGGCCCCAAACUCGAGCCCAAACUCGAACUCGAACUCGAAUCCAGGCCGGAGCUCAGGUUCGGGUUCAGGCGCGAGCCCGGAGGAGGCGCACCGGCCCGCGGCGGCAGCAGCAGCAGCGUCGGCGGCUCUGGCGAGUGACGGUGAACCGGAGGAGGCCGAGCAGUUCUCCUCAGCGCUGCACUGCUCGGAGCUCGCGCGGCGGCAGAACGAGCAGCGGAAGCUCGGGCUCUUCUGCGACGUCACGCUGGCGUUCAGCGGCGGCGGCGGCGGCGGAGGAGGAGGGGGAGGAGGAGGAGAGGGCGCGGGCAGUGGGUUCGAGCUCGGCGCGCACCGGUCUGUGCUCGCAGCCGCCACCGAUUACUUCACCCCGCUGCUCGGGGGCCAGUUCGCGGAGUCCGUGUCGCGGCGCGUGGAGAUGAAGGAGUGGAGCAGCGAGUCGGGGCCCGAGCGCGAGACCGUCGAGGGCGUCGUGCAGUUCAUGUACACCGGAGAGAUCCGCGUCAGCACGAGCAACGUGCACGAGGUGCUGGAGCUCGCGGACAGGUUCCUGCUGGUGCAGCUGAAGGAGUUCUGUGGGGAUUUCCUGAAGCGGAAGCUGAGCCUGGCGAACUGCGUGGCCGUACACAGCCUGGCGCACAUGUACACGCUGGACCAGCUGGCGUUGCGCGCCGCUGAAAUGAUACGGCGCAACUUCCACAGGGUGAUCCAAGACGACGAGUUCUACACGCUGCCGUUCCACCUGGUGCGCGACUGGCUGAGCGACGCCGAGAUCACCGUCGACUCGGAGGAGGUUUUGUUCGACGCCGUUGUCAAGUGGGUGCGUCGGGGCACUGAGGACCGCGAGAGGCACUUUGAGGAGCUUUUCCGCCUCCUUAGGCUGCCUCAGAUCAAGCCCACUUACCUGACGAGGGUGGUGAAGAACGAGCCGCUCGUGGCGCGGAACGAGGCAUGUCUCAAACUCGUCUCGGAUGCUGUGGAGAGUCACGCCAUCCGUUUUGAGAACCAUAAAAAAUCAGCAUCUGAUUCGGAAUUCUGGGCCGCUUUUCAGCCUCGAUUCGGACAAAACAUGGACGUCAUCAUGGUGGUCGGUGGAGUUUCGGAAGGAGGCGACUAUUUGAGCGAGUGUGUCGGGUAUUUUGUGUAUGAAGAUCGUUGGGUGAAUCUUCCACACAUCCAUAACCACCUUGAUGGCCACGCAAUCGCAGUUACAGAUUCGUACGUCUACGUCGCAGGAUCUAUGGAACCCGGAUUCGCCAAAACAGUGGAAAGAUACAAUCCGAAUCGCAACACUUGGGAGCAAGUGAGCAAUCUCACGACUCGGAAGCACUCGUUCGGCCUGACGUGUGUCAAAAAUAUCCUCUACAGCAUCGGAGGGCACGGGAAUUUCAGCCCGGGAUUCAAGGAUGUAAGUGUUUACGAACCGGAGCAGGACAAAUGGCACAAUUUGGAAUCAGCACCAAAAAUCUUGCGAGACGUGAAAGCGAUUAGCGUUGAAGAUCGCUACGUUUACGUAACGGCGAGGACCCCCGUGGAUACGGACAACGAUGAUGGGCUCAAGACGGUGACGACGCGCUACGACACCGAGAGCCGCCAGUGGCAGGAAGUCGAUUCUUUGCCCCUGAUUGACAAUUACUGCCUCUUCCAGAUGGCUGUGGCGUCCACAAAUUUUUACCACACCGCAUCAUGCUGUCCGAGAAGCUACACUAAUGUCCGAGAUGAAGCCGCACGGCAGAAAAUUAGUGCCCGAAUCUCAGAUGAGAUCCUUGAAAGCCUGCCUCCGGAGGUCACCAGCGUUGAAGGCGCCGCUGUGUGCUUCCUCGGAGACGACGUGUUUGUCAUCGGUGGCUGGAAAAACAGCGACGACGUGGACAAGCAGUAUCGAAAAGAGGCGUACCGUUACUGCGCUGAGAGGAAACGAUGGAUGCUGCUUCCUCCGAUGCCGCAGCCUCGUUGCCGGGCGACCGCGUGCCACGUCCGUAUCCCCUACCGCUUCCUGUAUGGGUGCCAGAGGUACCCGAUGCCGCAGAAUUUAGCGCGACAGCGAGACCGGAUGCAGCAGAUGCAGCAGCUUCAUCGGCGCACGCUCACCCUGCGCAGGCAGCUGCAGUCUCAGAUCGAAUGCUGAAGGAAUAAACAAUAUUCGGCGGUGUUUUGGGUCCAAGCUGAAGGAAGAGAGUUCUCUGGGCCAUCAGGUGGUGAUGAGGAGCUGCUGUGAUUUUGUGAAUACCAUCAACAUCUUUUGGUCCAGCCUUCAUCUUCUCACAGAGGAAAAUGAGGUCGGAAACUUGAUCGUCAUUGUGUGUUGAAAGUAAUGGCAAAAACGAAUGCUAGAAAAGGUCCUCCAGGCCACUUGGGAGCGCUGAUGAACGAAGAAAUGUGAUGUUCAUUUUCAUUGUGUAUUAACGCUUCUUUGUAUAUUUAUUUGUCAACUUUUUGGUUUCUGGGGAUGAAAUUGAAGCCUCAGUGAGAGCAGCAUGAGAUCUGCUGGUCUGGAUUGAAGGAGUCAGAGAUAGUCGGUGACAAUCGCCUGUGUUUUGGGUUCAGCGUGAAUGUCCUCAGGUCCACUGGGGGGUGACGAUGAACAAGGAGCUAUAAAUAACAUUCCACCAUUACGGGUUUCAUAUUGUGUUCUGUAUAUGGUAUUUGUCAAGCUUUUCGUAGAGACCGACUGAUGUGAAGAUUUUGUCGCUUUUAAGGAGCUAAAAAUUCUCAAAAUUUAGGCAAGCACCAGUAGGUUUUUAGGCAAACUCAUAAACAACAGUGACAAAAUCUCUAAACGUAACUUGAGCUUUUUGCUUAAAUGUCAAGAGAUGGCGAGUUUAAAUCCUGAUGAUGUCGCUGUUGUUGAACUACGUUCAUACACAGCAUCACUUCCUGCGAGUGAUUAGCCCCGACCCCAACGUUAGCGCCUGCAUCGUGUUUGAUGGCUGUUCAAAAUAGCGUCACGUACGUGAAUAAGGUUUUCGUGUUAAAAAAAAAUGUAGACAUAUUUCCAGUGAUUGCAGUAAGCCUGUGAAGAGUGCAAUAUAAAACGCGUAUAUAACAGUCAGGCCGUAGAUUUCUCAGUUAAAGUUUCUGCUAAGAAUGUGAGCUUAUGCAUAUUAUAUAAUGUAUAGGAAAAUGUUUCAUAAUUCUCUCUCUCUCUCUCUCUCUCUCUCUUUCUCUCUCUCCCUCUCUCUCUCUCUCUCUCUCUCUCUCUCU